UAAAACUUCCACCAAAGUAAGUGAUGGCGGCUGCCGUGUCUGUUAGCACAGCUGGCAGUGAUGAGAGCACAGACACUGGGCCCUGUUUUGUUUCUCGUCCUCUUAAUGGAAACUACGACCUCGCUGCGAAUCAAGAAAAUUGGAUAGCCGGAGAUCGCCGGUAUUACGAACUCGCACCCAACGAGGAGGACGCCACAUCGGAACGCGAGUGUCAGCGAAGGGUCGAUGAGGACUUGACAUCACUGAGUCCUGAAGAAAUUGAGAGCCGCUUGGAGAGAACUCGUCGGGAGUUUUACAACCGUAGGAAAAUAAUUAUAAAAAAUCUACCAUCCGACGUUAGUAAUCAGGAGGUCCAUGAGCUGUUGGGAGGUUAUGACUUGAAGUACUGCUUUGUUGACAAAUACAAGGGCACAGCAUUUGUGACACUCCUCAAUGGCGAGCAGGCCCAGUGUGCCAUCAAAGAGUUCCACCAGCUCGCCCUGCGGGACCGGGAGAUCUCUGUCAAGCUGCAGCCGACCGACGCGCUGCUCUGCGUCGCCAACCUGCCCCGAGCCUUCACCCAGCAGCAGUUUGAGGAGCUGGUGCGGCCCUUUGGCAACUUGGAGCGCUGCUUCCUGGUUUACAGUGCCUCCACCGGGCACUCCAAAGGCUAUGGCUUUGUGGAGUACAUGAAAAAGGACUCCGCGGCCAGGGCCAAGUCGGAGCUCUUAGGGAAGCAGCUGGGCUCCCGCAUGCUGUACGUCCACUGGACUGAGGUGGGCUCGCUCACAUACCCGCAGCUGCACUCCAAAUGCCUGUGCAUUGACCGCCUGCCCCCGAGCCUGCUGACUGCCCAAGACCUCCACAAUGCCCUGGCUGACACUCACACGCCUGUGUUCUGCCAGUUGGCUCAGGGACAAGAUGGCAGUUUUCGCCGCUUCGCCGUGUUGGAGUUUGCCACUGCAGAGAUGGCUGAGGAGGCCCAACGGCUCACAGAUGGCAGGCAGCUGGGUGGGACCAACAUAAGGGUGUCCUUCUGUGCCCCGGGCCCACCUGGAAGAAGCAUGCUGGCCGCCCUGAUUGCAGCACAAACCAUGGCUGUAAACCGGGGUAAAGGGCUCCUGCCUGAUCCCACAGCCAUGCAGAUCCUCACGGGUCUCAAUAACCCCGCCACCCUGAAAAUGCUGCUCAACCCUCUGUCACAGGGACACAAACAAGGCCUCCUGGGGGCAGCCCCCGCCAUGCCAUUGCUGGGCAACCCCGCUCUCUCUGCCGCCCUGCUCCAGCUGCUGCUUCAGAACCAGGCCAAGGUCCAGCAGGCCGGACUCAUUGGAGAGAAUCCUCUGGCCGCUCUGCCCGUCCAGCAGGGAGUCCAUCUGCUCGGAGACCUCCCCCAAGGUGGGCUGGGUCUGCAGACGGAUCCUCGGCCUUCGUUAAAGCAGAUGCCAAUUGGCAGAGCCUUGGGAAGGGAGCAGGAUUCCCCCACAUCAGUGUGCAGCUUCCCCCAGACUUCCUCUCCCACCCUGCAGGGCAUGUCCAUGCCCCUGAUGGGCAGUGGGAUGGGGACAGAUGGCCUCACAGCACAAGGGGUAUCCUUACUGGGUGAUCCUCCAAAGGAUGUGAACCAUCCACGAAGUGGCUUCCUUAGUGUUAACAAUGGCUUCCCCUCAGGAGCGAGCUGCAGGCCUCACCCCUAUAAGAAAAGGCCGACGCCGAAUAACAUUUCCAGUCAGCAUUCGCAUCAUAGCGUACAGCCCAAUUAUAACCUGCGUUACCAGGACUCCUACAGCCCGGAAUAUCCGCCUCUGCACCAGGAUCCCCUGGGCCGCUUGUACGAGCAGCAGGAGAACCUUGAUGCUGGGGCUUUUGCAGGAUAUGGUCAGCAGUUUUCUCAUCCUCUGGACUACGGCGAGAGGUUUGCCCACUGCUCGUACCCCCCCAGCCCGCCGUUGUCCUCCUAUUUCAGCUCAGGGCCAGAGGCCUCCUGCUACGGCAGCCUCCCCAACAGCCACCUCAACAGGGCUGUUGGAAUGCCUCCUGUGAGCCACAGCACCAGCUUUCCUCCUGGCCUGGGAAAUGUUAUGAAGACGCCCAUCGGGGGCCACAAGCGCGUGCUUUCCCGGUUGAUCCCGUCUCCGGAGCCCAGCCCUGAGGGUGGCUACGUGGGCCAGCACUCCCAGGGCCUGGGAGGCCACUACGCCGACUCCUACCUGAAGCGUAAGCGUAUAUUCUGAACCCCGGCUAGACGCCUCUCUCCAUAAGGGUAGCCAUUCAACAGCCAGGACGCAGUGGAGUCUCCCCCAAAGGGCUCUAAGCCCGGCGGCGGGGCAGGGGGGGGGCCUCGGAUUAGAACCCCCGGGUCACUAGUAAAGCCUGCUGCUGUCUGUUGUCACUGCAAGGGAAUUCUGUGUGUAUAUUGUGUUUUUUUUUUUUUCUUUUCUUUUUUGUGUGUAUUUUGUUUACUGUGCUUUGUAAAUUAAGUUUUUACUUUUUUUAAAAAUUCCCUGUUAAACUUGUACAGUGUGGAAAAAAGAUGAAGUAGCUAAUAAGUCUUUCCUUUUUAUGCUUUUUUUCCUUUUUUUCUUUUUUUUUCCUUCGCCUAUCCCUGUUUUGAGUGUGGUGUCGACGGAUCUCCGGAUGGUUUGGCCAGUCAGUGGCAGCCACAUGCUGCUUUUUUAUUAUGGUUGACAUUUCCUAACUUAAUGUAAAAAGUUCAGUUGAUUGUUUUUGCGAUGGUGUUUUUGUUUCCUCCUUCUUACCACGGGGUUGUAUAUUUUGCUGUUAGACCAUUUCUGGGUUCAGUUUAUUUCCCGUUGCUUUUCCAUCCAUGACGAUAGGUGUAUAUACCUAAACAGUGUAUGAUAAGGCAAAGCUUUUUUUUUUUUUUUUAUUGAAAUCAUUCUGGGAAGUUUUCUGGAGCAUUAACUUUUUUUUUUACAUGUUGUAUUAUGAUGCACACCCACCAACCUGAACAUUUUUUAAUUUAUUUAUUUUAAUUUCUUGAUGGAUGCUGUUCCACUGCACCGGUUGUAUGAUGACACACUUGGAAGAUUCAGUUCACAAUCCAUGUCUGUUGACGCCUGUAAAAGAUGCCAUUUCAAGAGUCCUCUCACUCAAAAACUUUUUUUCUGGUUACCGUUUUGUUAAAUUGUUUGUUUUCUUUUUUUCCCCCCCUCCUCCUUUUGUUGCCGGUUGUGGUUAAAGCCAGACGCCAGGCCUUGUUGGCAGAGCCGGGCGAUUGGCUCGGCGCUCUCGCUCUGUGACAGCUGCCACCUCUCAGUAAAGACGCUCACGUUUUUGGGCCUGAAUUAGCUCCUCCACAUGUGUUCAUGUGGCUCUAAUGAUGAGCAGAGCCCAGGUUUGAAUCAUCUCCAGUAAUGAGGGGCGCCGGCCGGGCCUGUCUGGGGACACGCUGAUGGAAGCUGGUGGCGGGCGAUUGAUCAGACACGGCUGUCCAUGUCUUCCCCCCAUUUUUUUUAUUUUUCUUUUAAUAAGUGGUUGACAGUUUGAUUGUGAAAACUCAUUACCUCUGACUUCUGCUACAGAAAGCAGCUACACUUGAGCCUUAAGGAUGUUUUGUGGUAUCAUCCUGCCCUGUUUUGGCUUCCAUCUGCAUUUAUCAUUUCAGUGUUAUUUGCUGUGUAAAUAGUUGAAGAUUGAUACCCCCCCUUUUUUUUUUUUGAAGUCCAAAACUUUUUGUUUUCUUGACCUAUCUGCCCCACGGUUGUGUGUUUUGAAGGAUAAAUGCUGCUCAUUGUUCUCGUUUCUUCCUGUAUGUCUGACAGCUGAUGUUUCAGAGUGACACCACAGCAGACUGCUCAUGUUGUGUAUGGACCGCCAGAUGCAGCCGGUCACUACGCUCGGCAUUCACUGACUACUGUCCUCUCAUCUGUACCACCAUGAUUGUCUCUGUAUGCGUGUGUGUGAUGUGCGCAAGUAAAUGUUAUUUAAAUUCUUUUUUUUUUUUUUCUUCUUUAUUGUGAAUUUGCUCAAACGAGCUACAGACUUAUUUUAGACCACGCCUUCACUUAUAGCUGUUUGAAUAGACACUUAUCAGGGUUUAAUGUGGGUGUAACCCUGUUUGACCUAAAUGUCGAUCAUAUUUAGCUUAAUUUAUGUUUUGGUAGAAGAGAAGGAUUCCAGUGCUAUGAAAAAACAAACAAACCCAGAUGUAGGGAAUUAAAGGGACACUAAGCAACUCCUACAUUUGAAGUGUAUUAUAAGCGUAAAGGGGCUAUUAAUGUUUUUAUGAGGUACGCAGCUUUAAACUAUGAAUUAUCUAAACGG